AUGUCUAAACCAACCGUUUUGUCCAAACCCACACAAAUGUCCACACACAUGUCCAACGGCUCGAAAAACCCUGAUGCCUUGCAUUCAGAACAGGAUGUCGUGAAAGACAAAACAAGAAAAGCUAAAGAUGACAAAGAAAAAGUCAUCAAAGAAGAGGAUAGAAAGAAGGUGUCCGUUUCUAAAGACACCCAACCCAAAGACUCCGAUUCUAGCGCAAGCUCUAAUUCUAAGAAAACCCUCAGCUCCUCUUCUGAUGGCUCUAAUGACAAAGACAAGGAUAAGGAAAAUAGCACCAAAGAUACAGCCAAAAAGGCCGGUCCGCGGCGUUUCCGAGGUGACGUGGCACCGUUCAACCCAAGCGGUCAGACACAGCUCUACGCCCAGCAAAUGCAGUAUCCUCAGGCACCACAGCCUUAUCCCCAACAGCAGUUCUAUUCCCAGCAGCCGCAGUUCAUAUACGGUAAUCAGAUGCUCCCGUACUAUCCCAUGGCCAUGGGAUACCCGGACCUUAUGUACCAACAGUAUCAGUUUUAUGCCAUGGCCAACCAGUUCAAUUCACCUCAACCAUAUACGGGCCAUGUGCAUGCCAACGGAUAUGUUCAUCGGAAAAAACACCCCAAGGGUCAGCAUAAUCACCAAGGCCACCAACCUUAUGGAUACCAGCAAAACGGUUCAGGCUCACAUAUAAUCCCGCUGGACUCGGCACUGCCGCCUGCAUCUCAACUGGAAUUUGUGACUCCAGAAAAUCAUGGUCCUUCGCCUCAGCAUGAUCCUCAGCAUGACCUGGAUCCAAUCCAGCCUAAUCAGCCAGAAGUUCCCAAGUACUCAGAAGAAUUUCCUCAACCAAGUACAGAAGACCAGGAAACCACUCAAGCUGCUGAAAUUAAAGCACAAGCAAACCAAUCGCAUCCACAACUACAAUCACAGCAUGGAUCCCAGCAUACGCCUGCUGCUACACCAGGCAGCGCUACCACUGAUCUGUAUGCCGAAAACGCAAAAGUUCCUAUUAGUGGGCCACUCAUAUUCAACAUUUCCGCCACUGAGCUUGCAGAAGAACGCAAGAGGAGCGUUCAACUACGCCGACAACUCGCUGAAGCGAAAAACGCCCGAGCCAAUGAAUUUAUAAAGCAAGUCGAUGGUGACCUUGCCGUUAAUCCAUACGGCUAUUACCAGCUCAAAGACCACAACUCUAAUGAUGAAUACUACAAGCACAAUUUCCCUAGCACCAAGACUAGCAACGAAUCUAAUGAUAAUGACUCUAAUGACCCUUCCAUUUCAUCCCCCAAGGCAAACUUGAACUGGGCAUCCAUCUUGCAAAGCUCAAAGAAGCAACCAAAGAGUGCUGUGGCCACCAAACCAGCCUCUUCUAAUGUGACAUCCGAAGUAUCUGCUGGCAGCUCAGUUACUGCUAAAAUUGUGGAGACUGAACAAUAUCCGCAACUGCUCGGCCUUCUCGCGAUGAAAUUGUUACUGGAUCCCAACUUCAAUCUAGAUGCAUGUGAAAUGUUCGAGGUGAAACCUCGCGGCUUAACAAACUCAGGUAAUAUCUGUUAUAUGAAUGCUGUGCUACAGUGUCUCGUGAUGUGUGAGCCUUUUAAUAAGUUGCUUCGUCAUGUUCAAGAAAAGUCUAUUGGAACGCUAGGGAAGACAUCGCCUACUCCUUUGCUUGAUGCCACGAUCAGCUUCAUUGAGGAUUUUAUCAACAUCCCAAGCUCUUCCAAGCCUAAUGUUUCGCUGUUGAAUAGCGAAGGCAUCGUUGUUGGGAAGCCCUUGUCACCCGAAAGUUUGUACAUGAAGUUGAUUGAAAAUCCUAAAUUUAAGCACUUGAAGUGGGGUCAACAGGAGGACGCCGAAGAAUUUUUGGGUUAUCUACUUGAUGGAUUGCAUGAGGAAUUUGUCAAAGCCGAAGCCAGUGUUCUGCCGGAAAUGUUGGAAAUGUUGUACAACAAGUAUUCGCAAUCGCUAGAUCCUCACCUUGCUGAACAACUCAAGCUAAAAAUGAAGAGCGGUGCACGUUUAGUGCGUAGUACUGAGAGCAAAGAAGUGGAAGACUCGGAAGAACUGGAAGGUGAUCACUCGGGUUGGUCUGAGGUUGGAAGCGGAAAAAAAGUGAACAAAAAGCGUGUGAUGGAGGUGGAGCCUUCUCCCAUCACAGAAAUCUUUGGAGGCAGUUUCCGAAGUGUCUUGACUGUUCCAAAGGCAAAAGUGUCCCAAUCCAUUACUAUUGACCCAUACCGCUCGAUACAGGUGGACAUUUCUCACAAAGAGAUUGAAACCAUCGAAGAUGCAUUGUUGAGGAUUACAGAAGUGGAAAAAAUUCCUUAUAAGAUCGAAGCUGGUAAAGAAGUGAUCGCACGUAAGCAGUCAUUCAUUGAAAAAUUACCUCAAGUGUUGAUUCUCCAACUCAAGAGAUUCUCGUUUGAGCACCAACAACCGCAAAUCGCAACGUCUGAGAACGGCGAACAAGACUCUAAGCUGAUCAGUACGCACCAUAUUGGAACGAUCGAAAAAGUCAUGAAGAACAUAAAGUACGGCUUGGACUUAACUGUUCCGCUCGAAUGUCUCUCAAGUGGUGUUCGCCCCACUGAAAAGCGCGACUACCGCUUGAUUGGUGUGGUUUAUCAUCACGGAAGAAAUGCGGAAGGAGGUCACUACACAUGUGAUGUCUUGCGUAAUAAGAGGGAAAAGAAGUGGCUCCGUAUCGACGAUACAGCUGUCGAAACCAUAACAGCGGAUAUGGUUGUUGACGUUCCAGAUGCCAGAGAUAAAAGUGCGUACAUUUUGAUGUACCAGAGAGUCUAG